CAAUGACAUCAUGGGUAACUGAGUAACCGACGUCCUUUGCUUCCUAGAUCUAACUCACUUUCCCUACCUUCUUUCCUUAUUGAAAACAAAAAUCCAGUUAUUCUCUUCUUCAAUUUAUUUUUAAUUAAAAAAAAAAAAAAACCAACAACCAGAGAGCUCUAACCAAGCUCGAAUCUCUCUGUUAUCUCUGUGAGACGAAAGCAGUUAAUCUGAGGAAGAAGAACCCAAACGCAAAGAAGUGAAGAUGAAUAUAUUCAGAUUAUCUGGUGAUAUGACCCAUUUGGCCAGCGUCCUCGUCUUGCUCCUCAAGAUCCACACCAUCAAAUCUUGCGCUGGUAUUUCUUUGAAGACACAAGAACUCUAUGCCCUAGUUUUUGCUACCCGCUACUUGGAUAUUUUUACGGACUAUAUAUCUUUUUAUAAUACCAUCAUGAAGUUAAUAUUCUUGGGGAGCUCAUUUUCAAUUGUUUGGUACAUGAGGCGCCACAAAAUUGUUCGUAGGUCCUAUGAUAAAGACCAAGAUACCUUCCGCCAUUAUUUCCUUGUACUGCCUUGCUUAUUCUUUGCACUAGUUAUCAAUGAGAAGUUCACCUUUAAGGAGGUCAUGUGGACAUUUUCUUUAUAUUUAGAAGCCGUGGCCAUACUUCCUCAGCUCAUACUGUUACAAAGAACUAGAAAUAUUGACAACUUGACAGGGCAAUAUGUAUUUCUUCUUGGUGCUUACCGAGCAUUAUACAUUCUCAACUGGAUUUAUCGCUACUUCACUGAGCCACACUAUGUCCAUUGGAUACCUUGGAUAGCUGGGCUUGUUCAAACGUUGCUUUAUGCUGACUUCUUCUAUUAUUAUUUCCAUAGCUGGAAGAACAACAAAAAGCUUCAAUUGCCAGCUUGAGUACAUCCUCCUCAUUUGUUAGGAACUAAAUUUGUCUUGUAAUGCUUAUGGAUAUGCAAAUGCUUCCAUGCAAAAUGCUUAGAGAUAUGUCAGUUUUUUAACUAAGACAUUUGUCUGGCCUAAAAAGAAGAAAGUAAUAGUGGUUAUUGGUUUUUUGGGGGCAAUAAUUUUAAGUGCAGGUCACCAGCAAACAAUGGACAUCGCCAUAUGGAGGAAUCAAAUUUAAGAUGUCUGAGCUGAUCCUGUAUCUAUAUCAGUUAUUUUACCUGAAUUUUGGUGACCAAAAAAAUAGAAAGAAGAUAAUGUAAUAGACUUCAGUGUUCAGACAAUGCGCUGCUAGUAUGGCUUAAUCACUUGCAUCAAUUUGAUUUCCUAACCUUCUGUUUCUGGGUUA